AUCCUGAUCCAGUGCCAUCCCCAGGGCUCCUUCCAGUUGCAGAGCCAGAAAAGGGGUCUACUAUGGAACUAGAGACAGCACCAGUUAUGUUUCAACCAUCAUCUCAAGUGUCAGAGCCAGCAUCACCUCCAUCAGCUGUUCCAGAGCUGGAACAAGUGUUAACAUCUUCUUCAGCAUAUGUGCCAGGUCCACAGCUACAAUCAGCUCAAUCAUCAGCUUUACUUAGAAUUUUAACUCCAGCUCUAAAAAUAGAGACAGAGCCAACUCCAGUGCCAGAGCCUUCCUGCCACUGGCAUGUAACCCCAAAGAACCAGCUGAAUGAGGAGAAGCCCAGCCUCAUGGACUUCCCUCCCAAGCUGGUGGCAGAGCAGCUAACGUACAUAGAUGCGGAGCUGUUCAAGAAGGUGCUGCCUCAUCAGUGCCUGGGCUCCAUCUGGUCCAAGCGGAAUAAGCCUGGUAAUGAGCACCUGGCACCCACAGUCUGUGCUACCGUCACCCAAUUUAACAGCGUGGUCAACUGUGUCAUCACCACCUGCCUUGGAAACUCAAGAAUGAUAGCCCAGGACAGGGCCAUGGUGGUGGAGCACUGGAUAAAGGUGGCCAAGGCCUGUCAAAUCAUGAGGAACUACUCUUCACUGCAUGCCAUCCUCUCUGCUCUGCAGAGUGCCUCAAUUUACCGUCUGAAGAAGACAUGGGAGAGAGUUUCCGGGAAGAGCUUUCAAAAAUUUAAAAAGCUGUGCACUGAAGAUAACCCACAGAGAAGGGAACUGCUCCUGAAGGAGCGGCCAUCUAAAUGGGCCACCCUGAUGAUGAGCCUCCAGAGAGCCCAGAAAAGGCUGCAGAAGAAGGGUGUUGUCCCCUUCCUUGGCACUUUCCUCACUGACAUGGUGAUGCUGGACACUGCAAUGAAGGACUAUCUGAAGGUGAGUGAACCUCUAGAUUGUGUAGGAGGGCCCAGAAUCCUGAGGUUUGGGAGUGGAGAACACCU